AUGAUGACACAAGUUAUAUUUAUUCAAAAGUUUCUUUUCAUAAUUCUUCUAUCUUGUAUCGAUUGUUCUAUUUACAUUUAUAACGCAAGAAAUAGUCCAUCAGUUGAAUUUUAUGAUUGUAUUUAUUAUCAAUCUGUUCCAUAUUGUCGUCGUCCGCUGAAACCUAUUUCUUUAGAACGAAACAGAAAAGAAUGGAAUUGUUCUCAUAAUGGUAUAAUUCAUUCAUUCUAUUCUUUAUGGAUGAAAAAUAUCAGUAUAAAUACGAUAUUACAUAAAUGGAAAUCGAGUAUUGAUAAAGUAGAAGAAUAUAUUUACUACAUAAGUCAAUCAAUACAAUCGAAUGAAGAUAGCGAAUAUAUUUGCGAAUGUAUCCAUCAAAGAUCGUUUGGAAUGAAUUGUGAAUAUUUGUUAGCCGAUGGUGCGACAUUUGAUGAUUCAAUUGUGGCAAAGUUUUUUUCGAAUUCAACAAUGAAUCUCUAUGGAGGUGAUUUAGUUUGUUAUGUCACUUUACAAUGUGAUUAUGGUCUUCUAUGUCUCGAUUGGAGGGAUAUUUGUGACAAUGAACAACAAUGUAUGUUUGGACAUGAUGAAGAAAAUUGUGAUAAAAUUGAAUUCAAUGAAUGUGAAAAUGACGAAUAUCGUUGUAUGAAUGGUAUGUGUAUUCCUGAUGAAUAUUUUCUUGAUGGAAGUUUUGAUUGUAUGGAUAUGUCAGAUGAAAAAGAACAUUUUCAUGAUAUGGAAUGUCCAUAUCAAUUAGCCAAUUUCUAUUGUGAUGAUCGGAUAUGUCCACCAGGUCAAUUUUCAUGUGCUGAUGGACAAUGUAUCAAAUAUCGAUUAGGUGGUCGAAAUCCUGAACAGAGUUUUCUAUCAUGUGUAAAUCAACGCAAUCAAUUCUAUAUGUGUGAAAUGAAUGAUAAAGGAAACUUAAAAACAUUGUCUAAUGGCCAAUGUUACAAAGUUUUAGAUGAGAAAAAUCGUACUAUGAAUGAAUAUUGUAAUUAUCUUAUCGGAUGUCAAUUUCUUGAUCAUAUUAUGAGUGAUUGUUCUUGUAAAGCUAACAAAACUUGUGUGAUAUUACUUGAAAAAUUCUGUUUAUCUUUAUUUCCGAUUUCCUAUCCUCCCGGUGGAAUUAUCGCACCAUAUAUUUUCGAAUCAUUUCAUAUGUCACACAAUCCACCCAAACUACUGUUGUCUGUGACACUUAAUGGAACAAUCAAAUGUCGUGGACAUCUGAAAUAUUUCUCUUUUAAAACCAAAUACUCAUUUUAUGAAAAUCUUCGAGAAGCUGAAAGUACAUUAUGUCAAUCAAUACCGUUUCUAUCGAUUAUUUCCGAUGGAGGUUAUGAUGAAUUUUGUUACAAUGAUUCAAAAACAUUUAACAAUCGUUCUUAUAAUGUUUAUGAUAUCUGUCAUUCAGAAAAUCAAUGUGUUUCCGCUUAUAGAAUCAGAGAUGGAAUUUCUAAUUGUCUUAAUAGAAACGAUGAAGAAGAAGAAGACAAUGAAAUCGUUUUAAAAACAUGUUCUACUGCUCGAUAUCAUCGUUUUCGAUGUUCAACAGAUGAAACAACUUGUCUAUAUGCAAAUAUGCUUGGUGACGGAAAAUAUCAUUGUAAAAAUAAAUAUGAUGAAUCUUGGAUGGGUAUUCAUAUUUUAUUAUCCAGAUUGAAUUGUACGCACGAAUUCAAAGAUGAUUGUCAACUAUUUCGUCGAUAUAUUGAAUUAUCUUGGAAAUUAAAUGUAACAAAUGAUUCGAAUCAAGAAAAUUUAGUAACUAAACAAAUUCCUUUUCGAUCUUAUUGUGAUACAUUUUGGGAUUUGGCAUCGAAAGAAGAUGAAAAUACAACAAUGUGUCAAUUAGCAUGGAUAUGUUCAAAAGAACAAUGGAGAUGUUCCUCAGGACACUGUAUUGACAUUCUUUGGGUAUUAGAUGGAGAAUGGGAUUGUCCUGAUGCUUCAGAUGAAGAAAAUAUAUUUCAUUCUGAUUAUUAUCAUAGAGAAACUUUUGCUUUCAAAGAAAAAUUUCAAGAACAAUACGCACGACAACCAUUUGAUAAAAUUUGUAAUUUAACAAUUGAAUAUCCAUGUUUACCAAUUAAUACAUCCGAAUAUUCAAAUAAUAUGAGACCUUGUAUAGAUUUCAAAUUAAUUGGCAAUGGACAAAUCGAUUGUAUAGGUGGAUACGAUGAACGUAAUGUUCUUGAACAUUGUUCUCGAUCAGGUACUUCACUUGGAUAUGAUUUUAAAUGUGUAUCAAGUAAUACUUGUAUAUCUUAUGAAAAAAUUUGUCAAGAUCGAUGUUUGCACGAUGAAGAUGAUGCUCUAUGGUGUAAUGCAUAUCAAGUAUCUGAAAAAGAUCCUGGAUUAAUAUUUUUUCAAUGUUUGAAUAAUUCAUAUGAAUGGAAUCGUCAAUGUGAUCAUAUAUAUGAUUGUUCUAACGGUGAAGAUGAAUAUAUGUGCGAUCGAAAACAAUUUCAAGAGAUUAUUUAUCGAAAGCAAAAAGAACUUUCUUUGAAAACAAAGAAACAUAUUGUUUAUCUAUCACAAUUUCCUAACAAUACAAAUAUUACGAAAAUUAUCAACACAUCGAAUGUUAAAUCAUCAAAUUUUGUUUCGAAAAAUACGAUUCCUAUUCCUUAUUGGUGUAAUCGUGGUAUUGGUAUGUUAAUGUCAAAUAAUUCGAUAGUAUGUUUUUGUCCACCUCAAUAG